AGAGACAGAGAGGGGGAGAGAGAGAGAGAGAAGGAGAGAGCCGCGCCAGCGCAGAGAGGCACGGAGACGAAGCAGAGAGCGCAAAGGCUUCGAUAUCUGGGGGGGAAAUUAAAACAACUUGCAUUUUUGAAAAAAAAAAAAACAGCCAAAAAACAACAAAGCCAAAAAACAAACAAAAUCGGGACAUAGCGGUGGGAAAAUUUGACCGAUCUUUCGCUUUUUUCCCCUGCACGGACAUAAAAUGAAAGGGUUACCUGGCUGCAUGUUGGAUUUUAAAUCUUAUAUUACACCGCUGCGGCGUUGACUUCAGAGUUGCGCAGGCAGAGUCUGUAUGAGUUGUCUGUUGGAGGAAUUUUAGACACUCCGGAUCAAACUUGAGUUGGACAUCCAGGAACCAGUCAGGGAGUAAGCUAAACCACCUACCCACUGCUCUCACUGCAUGCAGGACACUUAAACACCACUACAGCCAUGGAUGAGGAACAAUGCUACUAUAAUGAGAGCAUCACCUUUUUCUACAACCGCAGUGACAAGCCUCUUGCUAACGACUGGGACACCUACAGCCGGUUGGUGAUGGGCCUUGGCAUCACUGUGUGCAUUUUCAUCAUGCUCGCCAACCUUCUGGUAAUGAUCGCCAUCUACGUCAACAGGAGAUUCCACUUCCCCAUUUACUACCUGAUGGCCAACCUGGCAGCUGCUGACUUCUUUGCUGGAUUGGCGUACUUCUACUUGAUGUUCAACACGGGACCAAACACAAAGCGUCUGACUGUUUCGACAUGGCUGCUGCGUCAGGGCUUGAUUGACACCAGCCUUACUGCAUCUGUAGCCAACCUGCUUGCCAUCGCCAUUGAACGCCACAUCACCGUGUUCCGCAUGCAGUUACACACACGCAUGAGCAACCGCCGCGUGGUGGUUGUGAUUGUCAUUAUCUGGACUAUGUCCAUAGUCAUGGGGGCGAUACCCAGCGUAGGUUGGAACUGUAUCUGUAGCAUUAAGUCUUGCUCCAACAUGGCACCUCUCUACAGCAACUCUUACUUGGUCUUCUGGGCAGUGUUUAAUCUUGUGACUUUUGUUGUCAUGGUGACACUAUAUGCCCACAUCUUUGUGUAUGUGAGGCAGAGAACCAUGAGGAUGUCACGGCACAGCUCUGGACCACGACGCAACCGAGAUACCAUGAUGUCUCUUCUGAAGACUGUGGUCAUUGUGUUGGGUGCGUUCAUCGUUUGCUGGACCCCUGGUUUGGUCAUCCUCCUCCUUGAUGUUUUCUGCGCUAGCUGCAAUGUCUUGACCUACGAAAAGUUCUUCCUGCUACUCGCCGAGUUCAACUCUGCCAUGAAUCCCAUCAUCUACUCCUACCGUGACAAGGAGAUGAGCGCAACCUUCAGGCAGAUCUUGUGCUGCCAGAGGCAGGAGAAUGUGAAUGGGACGGCAGCAGAGGGAUCCGACCGAUCUGCAUCUUCCAUCAAUCACACGGUGCUGACUGGCAGCACCAUGCACCACCAUCACCACCACAAUGAACAUUCGGUGGUAUAAAAAAAAGAAAGAAAAAAGAAAAAGCCCAGUGUCUUGGAUAUGAAUCCAUCUUGAAGGGAUUAUUCUCUACAGGAGAUACAGACUGAGAGAAGGUAAAUGAGUGUAUGUGAAGAAGAAUAUGGCAACUAGAAUGAAAGCUGAAAAGACUCAAGCUUUCUGAAGACAGAGCUGAAGAGAACUCUGAUAGGCUGUUAUUAUUUUGUUUGUUAAUUUCCAUUUGUGUUAAAUGUGUCGUCACAGGUAAAGAUGAUAUGAACUAUUUAAAAUCUGUGAAGUAGAGUAUUGCCAGUAUAGUCCAUCCUCUUUAUCCAAUCUUCCUAACUUUAUGCCUGGUAGGUUUGUACUAUUUCUCAUCUAGAGCCCCAUCAUUAUGAAAAGUAUCAAACUUAACACCCUACAUUUAUGUUAUUGUUGGUUGCUGACUCACCUGAUCCCAGAUUUACAACAUAGUGUUUUUGAUUUUCAUCUCCAUUUGUCGGGCAGAAGCUUUAACUUUAAAUGGAUGUGGUGUAGGCUCAAAGCAGGAUAUUGUUACCAAUGUUAUAUAUAUUUCAAAAGAUGUCAUCCAAAGUGAAAUCCUGCCUAUAUUCACUUGUUUUCCAUGUUUUGCAAUCUACCAAAACCCUGUGACACUGUUUCAUCCAUGAAUUCAACACAGUAUUUUAAUAACCUCAAACAUUAUCAUUUUCUGCUGUAGAGUUGUCAUCUAUUGUUUAGCAACAAGUAAGUUACAAAGUACAACCAGGUUUGUUUGUUUUUUUCAUUCUAUUCUACCUAUCCUCUUUUAUGAACACGCUCUUGUGAAUCCAUUAAAUCAGGUUUUUGCUUCCAUUCAGUUUAAAUAAAGUAAGGAUCCAAUGUUUGCUACAAAUCCUGGAUUGUUUACUCCCUCUAAGGAUUUAAAGGCAGGCUGUUCCAGGGAAAAGAGUAAGAGGAGGACAGUUAUGUGAAGGCAGGAUGAGAGUCAUGUUUGGUGCACUUUCAGAGUCUUCAUAUUAUGACACCAAAUGUGCUGAGCAGACUGUCUCUCAGUGUUUUCCUUGGUCCCCUGAUGCUGACCUCGGGAGGGAAAAGGGGGAAUUGUGGAAGUGAAUGUGAAAGUAUCGCCUGAGUUAGUACCAAAUUGCUUUGUGGUACCUUGAGAAUGGGUUAUUUAACAGAACAACUUAAAAUUAAAAAAGAAAAUCAAACCUUUUGACUCAAAACCCUUCUCCCACUCUAUUUUUACCAGCUUUCAUGAACUAACGAUGAUACGUGAGCAUUUACCUACCUCACUUCUGGUGUAGCCAUGCUAGCCACUGUGUCAGGCAGGGCUCUAGGCACAACAAUGCUAUGACUAUGCUGUUGUGAUGGCUAAUGACUCACAACAUAACCUUGAUUAGCAGCAAACUGUGGAGUUUGUUGUGUCAAAUUCUUCAAAGGUGUACACUUUUAAGGCAGUUUGUAAAUUGUCAGUGGUACACAGUGAAAGUUAGCCAAAAGCAGUGCUCUUCAGUUUAGUUUAGUUUUUAAGUUUUUCACCUCCAUUAGAAAAAACACAUUUUUUAAACAAAAAAAUAAAGAAUUUGAAUUAAUUGUUUAGAGAAUUCUUGAACUAAAACCCCACAGACACAGAAAUGCAUUAAGCCUUAGCAAAUGCUGCAGUUGUUUAACAAAAUCUCAAUGACCAGCAUAGAUGUUUACUUGCUGUAACACUGGUAUCAGUGAUAUGAAGCAAGCAGAUAUCCAACCAAAACAUGUUUUAUUUUGUGUCUCUGUCAGAGAGAUAGUUGACGCUUACAUUUAAAGUAUUAUUGGUAGCUUAUUUUGAUUUUUAUGACAGCAAUGACAAAUUAAAGUCUAUUCUUAUCUUCCCGCCUUAGGGUGCCUUUAUAACUGACUCACUUAUGAGUCAGUGCAGUUCGAAUGGUGUAAUAUUUCCAAGUGCUCUCAUUAACUUGCAAUUUUGUGCCAGCUGAAAUCCAGCAUGGCAAUGCUAUGAUGCACAUUGUUAAAAAUUGCAAACUGAAUGUUUUAAAUCAAAACACAUUUUGGCCAAAAUACAUAGACAAACCUCCCAAAAACUGACAGCAAAGUGAGAAUCACUGCCAAAAGUACAGUCAAACGUUUUCCAGGAAACCAGAUGUUUUUCAGGAAUUUCAGCUGCAGAGCUAACAUUAAGUCACCAGGUAUCUUUGCCCAGAUGUUUGGCCUAUUAAUCAGGCAAUUUAUGUUGUGAUAUACAG